AUGCCUAGUCACCGCGGCUUGAAAGUGCACGUUCAGGUGGACAACCAGAACCUCAAGGAAUACAAGACGACUGUCUCGGACGAUGGCAAACUGUCACUUUAUCUGUGCACUGCAUCUUUGGAUGGGGUCCCCUCGACCAAAUCGGUCAUCGCGCCGCCCGGUUGGAAGGAGAAAGGUGUUCGCAGCGGGACAAAGCUAUACCCGUUCCGUUUCGGCAAAUUGGACCCAGAAGCCGCUGAAGAAAAUGAUGGCCCACCACCGCAGUUGAACUCGAAAUUGCAGGAGCUGAGUACCAUCAAAGUGGAAAUAACGAGGGUCGCUGACAGGCAAAUAAAUGUCCGGUCCACCGAGCCAAUGGCGCCUCCUGAUCUAUCAGCCGGCAACAUCUCAAAGAAGAAGGACGCUUUUCUUAGUCACCGCAGUGUUCUAGGUGAAGCAGAGGAGAUCCCACCAAUCUUUACGUGUCAAGCUGAGUACAUGGAUAACAAGCAACCAGUUGUCACCUUCAUCUUCAAGUACCGAUCCCGUUCACUCCUCGAAGCCGACGACAUCAUCCCUUACAUCCCAACCGAAGCAGGCGCCGCAGAAUUCAACCCCGCUACGCCCCAACCCCCCCGCAUCCCCCGCCGCCGCCUCCUCCUCCCCCAACGCUCUACAACCCCCAUAAAAAUCGACUCGGACGAGGACAUCACAAUCGACCUCACAGCAGAAACAGACUCGUUCACCGUCACACGCCGCAAACGUGAAGCUGGCUCCUCAUCCUCAUCCUCUGUCGUUGUCAAACGUGCCAAAACAGGGGAGGGGGGUGUGAUUGAUCUUGUGAAACAGGAGGGUGAAGGGGCAAGGGAGAAGGAGGAGAUGCGGGUGUUGAGAGAGCAGGUGCGGAGUUUGCAGGAGAGGUUGGGGAGACAGGGGGAGGCGAGUGGGAGUGGGAGUGGGAGUGGGAGUGUGGAUGGACCGGCUGGACCGGCUGCUCAAUCGUCUUCGACGGCGUAAAUCUUUUUCGCGCGGCGGUUCAACCUUGGGACAGGUUCGUUAUCAUGCGCCACGGCGGUUGCGACCUGCAUAUGGGCGUUCAUCAGCAGCUCUCAGCAUAUUAUUUCUCUUCACCACA